UUGGACACAUUGAGGGAAACUCAGGAGAGCCUCGGUCUGGCCCAGCAGCAUCUACAGGAUGUCAUCUAUGACAGAGACUCGCUGCAGCGGCAGCUCAGCUCCGCCCUGCCACAGGUGCAAUGCUUUGGCAGCUUUGGAAAUGCUGAAAGACAAAGAACAGUGCUGAUCAGAGCUGGAGAAAACACAGAGAGGAUUGAGAGGCUCCAUCCAAUCAGCACUAGGAAGCGCUAAGCCAUGCCCACCACACAUCUGUACAAUGACGUCAGAGUCCAGUGGACUGCAGCACACUGACAGGUCUUUUUAUGUGACUAAUGUGCAGGAGGGCUUAGUAACCCGUGAUGGCAAAGGUGCUGCAUGUCCACAAUCCUACUAUGCAGUAGGAGUUUAUAACAGCACUCUUGCACGUCAACAUCUUAAAUGCCUUCAUUGCUGGCUAAAAAUUAAGCAACUUCAACUCCUUAUUCACACAUCAAUACAAGCACUUUUUUCUAUGCUCUUUCUAUGUAAGUUUUUUCUAUCUAGCAUUCACAGUCAUUCACAUUCAUACUCCAUUGGAUGCAUUGGAGAGCAAUUUGGAGUUAGCAUCUUUUCCAAGGAUAUUUGGCAUGCAGACUCAAGCAGAUGGGGGUUAUUGAUUUAAUUGAUUGUUAUCGAUACAGUAAGCCAAAAAAAAAAAAAAAAAAAAAUACAUUUACCUGUGUCUUUACUAUAAUAAGAAGUCAGAAGGUAUACUGACACCACACAGCUAAUAAUGUGUGUCUCUUUUAGAAUGUCUCCAUCUUGGUUAUAUUCUAAAAGCGUCUAAUCUUACGUUAUGAUUUCAAAUGUAAAGUCAAGCUCACGGUGAAUAUGUGGUAUUGUGCUACAGUGCUGAGGGUGAGUUUUGAGAAGCAGUUCAGGGGUGCAGACUCAGCUCAGUCUGCUAAAUGAGAUCUGCUGCUCCACUGCUGGAAAUGCUGUUAACCUGCUAUGUCAAGAGCAAAUACUUUGAUGUCUCCCAGAACCAAAUCCCUCUGUCGGGUGUGAGGACACCAGUGAGUUCAUCCUACUCAGCUUCACGGAGCUCACCGAACUGUGGAACACACCAUGAACUGCUUGGGUAUUUCCUGUACUGACUAAACUAGAUUUGCUAUCUCAAUAACAGCUUAACACUAUUCUUGUGGAUCCAAUUAUGAUAGUCUGAGAUACAAAAUGUUAACUUGAAUGCUGGCAUGUAGUUCCAUGAAAAGAAAUAAAGGAGCCCGGACAGUGAAUUGAAUUAAACCAUUCAAUAAAGUGGAUUCAUCUCAUGAAAAGGUCACUUGAUGAGAGAAAAUUGAAUGAAAACUGGAUACAUGUCACCCCUGGUUGGAAGUUUGUUAGAGCAGAAAUGCUUCUCUCUUUUUUUUUUUCAUGUGAUAAAAGAAGUCUGUAGCCAGUAAGCUUGUUUUAACCUAGAUGAAUGAGUCCUUUUUUCCAUAGAAACAUUGCAUCUGCAUUAGCAUUUCUAAAGAAAGAGAUGGUAAAAGUGUGGAAUUGUUUCUGAAACAACCCGAUAAUUGAUAGAGACCUGAGAAAAAAAGGCUAAGAGUCAUUGUGUAUCUGCUUAAAAAUGUAAAUGGCAAUAAUGAGGUGCACUUGUACAUUUGUUUAGUUCAGACAAUUUAGUGUUUAAAGUGAAAUGUAUCAACUGAAUGCUGAACAGGGAAAAAAAACUAACGAGAACGGCACAUUUAAGGCGAAGGUGAAAGACUUCUAUGUCUAAUCCAUUGUGUGAAUGACACUAAUAGCACAGCAGGCUUAUAGGAAGACAAUACAGUCAAAGAGGGUAAAAUGUGUAACUAAAGGAUGCCAUCAAUCCCAAAGUUUCCUGAAUGUUUAUGCAUAAAUAUGCUUCUUUUUUUUAAGUACAAAGAAAUCUCAGUAUAGAAGCCUAUACUGAGGCAGUUUUGUUGGCACAUUGGAGUUAAACGUCACAUAAGACAAAAAAAACAACCAAAUUUUCCAUGUUUAUAGAAAUUUGUUUAUCUGCCUCUGAAUGAUACAUGACCAAGGGCCAGUGUUCUGCAGGUUUUAGAUGUCCUUGAUCCAGCACAGCUGAUUUAAAUGGCUAAAUCACCUCCUCAACAUGUCUUGAAGUUCUCCAAAGGCCUGGAAAUUAACUAAUCAUUUGAUUCAGGUAUGUUGACCCUGGGUGAGAUCUAAAACCUGCACCUCGAGGCAUGGAGUUCCUCACCCCUCCUUUAGGUGAAGACUUCUGGCUCAACAGUACAUAGUAAAAUAUCAUUUUAAGAAAAGCAUUAAAAGCCUAAAUUUAAUACAUAAAGUUUACUGUAAGUAACUGAUACUUUCCCAGUUGAUAAUAAUUACUAUUUAGUAUUUCUGAUGUAAAUGGGGUAUCCUCUCAUAAAUAUCCAAUGGAGUAGUAGUUCAAUAAAAACCUAUUGUGCAUGUUUAUUUUGACCAUUACUCUGAAAUUAAUCUUAUUAUCUAAGAAAAAUCAUCUAAAAAUGACCAGUGCACGAAACAUAUUUUUGUCUGCUGGUGUCUUUGAUACUAAACAACAUCGUUGCAACACCCUGCAGAUUGAAGUUGUCUUAAACGCUUAAGCCAUUAUUCACCUGAAACGGCCAUCUUUCUCCCACUGAGUGAGGACAGCACGCCAUCCAGACAGCAUGUUUUAGACAGUGAUAGCUUCUCCUGUUGUCACACAGAAAACGAUUGCCUCAUUUGAGUAAUUUAAGCAUCCUUCUGCUCCUCCAAUCAAUACGGAGCUACAGUACACUCCAAAAAAAGGCGUUGACAACCUAGUAAGAGUUUACGCUACUUUUUAGAAAUUGCGCAAGUAAACGGUACUACCACAAAGCAAGCAUUGAGGGUUUUGUUUUUCUAAAACAGCUUUUAAAAAAACUGUCUUUUAAAAAUGUAUUCGCUGGAAAUAUUUAUUUACAUGUUUUUUUCUUUUAAUUUAUCUUUUAAAUUAGUACAAAAAAACACAAUAGUCUACACAUUCUUGUCCCAUUUUGUUUUAUCCGCCUUAAAAAAGGAAAAAAGAAAUGAAAAUAAGUUGAAAUGACUGUAACAAAAGGCCAUUUUUACAGUGUACAAACAGAGCGAACGUGUGUCUCUGCUGCCAAUUUAGGCACCCGGUAUGUUGUUGGCUGAGCCUCGCUGUGAUGCUCUGACUGAUUAUUGGUGAAGCCAGAGGAGGAGGGAAGCAGUAAUCCGCGCACAGAGCGACCCAUCUGAGCCGCCAGCAGAGCUGCUUGCGGCGGGCGUGGAGAGACUAUGGAGCUGCCGGGGUUUACUCUCAGUUCAGAUCGCUAAAGGAUACAGACUAAUAUACCGCAUGCGAGUGGGGACGUGCAAGAAGACCAGUGAAGAGAGCUGACUCGUUUUCACUUUAAUUGUCCCGGUUGUCCUUCUCCCCGGAGCGUUACGCGUCGUACCGGAGCGCUCCACCUUCUGAUGCCGGGAGCGCAGAGCCGGGUCAGGGGCUGAUCCGAGUCCUCGCCUCGGAUCGUUUUACAGUCUCUGUGACGCAUAUGAGCUUAGUUUAAUAUUUUUUAAUUAAAGAAUCAGCUGGGGAUUGUUUGCCCAUCAAAGGGAUUAUGAUUUUCUCAGACAUGAGUACGGGGACCAACUCCCCCAAGGUGCAUCCACCGAACGGGACGAGGUUUUACACGUUCCAGGAGUUUGCAGCACUGACCAAGGAGCUGAACGCCUGCAGGGAACAGCUGCUGGAGAAAGAGGAAGAGAUAUCUGAGCUCAAAGCCGAGAGGAACAACACCAGGUUACUGCUGGAACAUCUUGAGUGCCUGGUGUCCAGACACGAGCGGUCACUUCGUAUGACUGUGGUCAAGAGGCAGGCUCAGUCUCCUUCAGGGGUCUCCAGUGAAGUCGAAGUUCUUAAAGCACUCAAAUCCUUGUUUGAACACCAUAAAGCCCUAGAUGAGAAGGUAAGAGAGAGAUUACGAGUGUCACUGGAGAGGGUGUCUGCCUUGGAGGAGGAGCUCACAGCAGCCAAUCAGGAGAUUGUGGCCUUACGGGAACAGAAUGCUCACAUCCAGAGGAAAGUGGCAUCAGGUGAGGGAGGAGAGGACAUUUUGGAGGGCAGUGAAGCUCAACAGAAGGUCCAUGGCAAGCGUCUGUCCAAUGGCUCUCUGGAGCCGGCCCAUGAGGCGAGUCAGGUGGUCGAGCUGCAGGACCUGCUGGAGAAGCAGAACUACGAGUUGGCCCAGAUGAAGGAGCGCAUGUCCUCCCUCUCCUCCCGGGUUUCCGAGGUGGAGCAGGAGCUCGAGACCGCCCGCAAGGACCUCAUCAAGUCAGAGGAGAUGAACAACAAGUACCAGAGGGACAUCAAAGAGGCCAUGUGUCAGAAAGAAGACAUGGAGGAACGGAUUGUCACGCUGGAGAAACGUUACCUGAGUGCCCAAAGAGAAGCCACCUCUGUGCAUGACAUCAAUGACAAACUGGAGAACGAGUUGGCCAAUAAGGAGGCAUUCCUCAGACAGAUGGAGGAGAAGAACAGACAACUACAGGAGAGGUUGGAGCUUGCAGAACAGAAACUCCAGCAGACCAUGAGGAAGGCUGAGACACUCCCGGAGGUUGAGGCCGAACUAGCCCAGAGGAUAGCAGCUCUCACCAAGGCGGAAGAGCGUCACGGGAGCAUUGAGGAGCGAAUGAGGCACUUGGAAUGCCAGCUGGAGGAGAAGAACCAGGAGCUGCUGAGGGCUCGGCAGAGGGAAAAGAUGAAUGAAGAGCACAAUAAGAGACUCUCAGACACAGUGGACAGACUCCUCACUGAGUCCAACGAGCGACUUCAGCUCCACCUGAAGGAGAGAAUGGCAGCUCUCGAAGAGAAGAAUAUGCUAAUCCAAGACUCGGAAACUUACAGAAAGCAGUACGAGGAGUCAAUCCAAGAAAAAUCGCAGCUGGCAGAGGAUAUUGAGAAACUGAGAUCGGAGCUCGACCAAUUCAGAUUGAGGGCAGGCUCCCUCACAGAACCCACGCUGUCACGAUCCCAUCUGGACACAUCAGCUGAGCUUCGAUUCUCUUUGGGAUCUCUGGCUGAAACCCAGUCGGACCACUACCGCUCAGCAAAGGUCAUACAUCGACAAAGGAGAGGUCGAAUAGGUCUGCGAGAAACCAAGGCAAAGUCACUGGGGGAGCCUGAAUGGCGCUCACAGCAGUUGGGGGUCCUGGGAGGCCACCACUUUGAGAGCGACACGGAAAUGUCUGACAUUGACGACGACGAUAGGGAGACGUUGUUCAGCUCCAUGGACCUGCUGUCUCCCAGUGGUCACUCCGAUGCACAAACUCUGGCCAUGAUGCUUCAGGAGCAGCUGGACGCAAUCAACAAGGAGAUCCGGCUAAUCCAGGAAGAGAAGGAGUCAACAGAGCUGCGAGCAGAGGAGAUUGAGAACCGAGUGGCCAGCGUUAGCCUCGAGGGUCUAAACCUGGCUCGAAUGCACCACCACGGAGCCUCCAUCACUGCCUCAGCAACUGCCUCCUCGCUUGCCUCCUCUUCCCCACCCAGCGGACACUCCACACCUAAGCUUGAUCCUCGAAGCCCUGCCCGGGACAUGGAGCGCAUGGGGGUCAUGACACUGCCCAGUGAUUUGAGGAAACACAGGAGAAAGAUAGCAGCGGUGGAUGAGGAUGGCCGCGAGGACAAGGCCACCAUUAAGUGUGAGACAUCCCCCCCUCCGACGCCACGCACUGUCCGAAUGACACACACACUGCCAGCCUCCUCGCACAACGAUGCACGAGGGAUUGUGGCUUCUUUAGAGGCUGAAGCCAGUGCCCUAAGUAGUGUAGCCAGCAGCCAGGACUCCCUCCACAAGCAGCCAAAGAAGAAGGGCAUUAAAUCCUCCAUCGGACGAUUAUUUGGCAAGAAGGAAAAAGGCCGACUGGCACACCUAGCACACAGACAGGUCAUGGUAGAUCCACAAGCAACAAUGAUGGAUUCAGACAUGGCGGGCCAGGACAUGGGGGUGAGCAAGUUGGGCACUCAGGCUGAGAAGGACCGCAGAUUGAAAAAGAACGGACACGAGCUGCUGGAGGAGGCUAGGAGAAAGGGUUUACCUUUUGCCCAGUGGGACGGUCCUACUGUUGUUGCGUGGCUGGAGUUGUGGUUGGGGAUGCCGGCCUGGUACGUGGCAGCAUGUCGUGCCAACGUGAAGAGCGGUGCCAUCAUGUCGGCCCUAUCUGACACCGAAAUCCAGCGGGAGAUCGGAAUCAGUAACCCUCUGCACCGCCUCAAACUUCGCUUGGCAAUCCAAGAAAUGGUCUCCCUCACCAGCCCCUCAGCCCCGCCCACCUCCAGAACCCCAUCAGGCAAUGUAUGGGUGACCCAUGAGGAGAUGGAGACCCUGGCAGCCCCUUCCAAAACGAAGUCGGAGUCUGAAGAGGGCAGCUGGGCACAGACUCUUGCCUAUGGUGACAUGAACCAUGAGUGGAUAGGGAACGAGUGGUUGCCCAGUCUAGGACUACCUCAGUACCGCAGCUACUUCAUGGAGUGCCUCGUGGAUGCCCGUAUGCUGGACCACCUCACCAAGAAGGACUUGAGGGUGCACCUUAAAAUGGUGGACAGCUUCCACAGAACAAGUUUACAGUACGGGAUCAUGUGUCUGAAGAAGCUCAACUAUGACAGGAAGGAGCUGGAGAGACGCAGGGAGCAAAGCCAGCAUGAAAUGAGAGACGUUCUGGUGUGGAGUAAUGAGCGGGUCAUCCGCUGGGUGCAGAGCAUAGGCCUGAGGGACUACGCCAACAUCCUGCUGGAAAGCGGUGUGCAUGGAGCUCUGGUUGCCCUGGAUGAUAACUUUGACUACAGCAGCCUGGCACUGCUCCUCCAGAUCCCCACACAAAACACUCAGGCACGUCAGAUUCUGGAGCGAGAGUACAAUAAUCUGCUGGCGCUGGGCACUGACAGAAGACUGGAUGAGUGCGAUGACAAAGACUUCCGAGGCCCAUCGUGGCGGAGGCAGUUCCCUCCCCGGGACAUCCAUGGUAUCAGUAUGAUGCCUGGAUCAGCAGAAACACUUCCUGCUGGCUUCCGUCUCACCGCAACAUCCGGUCACUCCAGAAGACUGCCCCCCGAGGGUAAGUGCACUUCAUUUCUCAAGCCUGGCUUUCAAACAAAACAUAGGUUAUGUCUGCCUGUUGAACAGGGAGAUGAAAGCAUCUCACCUGGGAGCAGGAGUUCCUGCCCCUGCUGUGUGUGAGGAGCAUUCUGACUGUGUCUCUUGUUCUCUCUGACUCUGUGACGGCUGCUCUGCAGUCCUCUAUGAGGCGCUGGAUGACAGUCCUGACGACAUGUAUUUGGAUUGGUUUCAAGGUCAGCCCAUCUGAAGGUCCUGGGCUUGUUGGCCCUGCGUGUGUUAAUAUUAUUAUUUGUAGUAUUAGUCUACAUAUAUUCCCUCCUCUUUACAUGGUCUCUGCCAACCACUGUCCUGCUGUAUCUCUCCUUUUCUUUGUGGUCUCUCACCCUCGCCUCUCUUUUCUCUUUCUAUAAUUAGCUCUCUUUAAUAUCCAACUCCAAGGGUAUUGUUUUGCAGAGCUGCAAAAUAGAUGGCCUUUCACCCUGGUAGUUAAAAACAAACUAGGGGUCAAGUUAUGGAUUAGGACCCAUGCUUGUUGGUUUAACCCUUGAAGUAAUGAAGCAGCAAAACAAAAAGUGGCUGAGCGGUGCUAUGUAAGUUGGCCUGAAUCAGGAGGUUUACAUAGGAGAACAGUACAUCUUGAAUGUUUUUCAAACUAAAACUGACAGUUUGUGCGAUUCCUCAACCCUUUACUGUUAAAGAGGACUCUGGCUAAAACAGUCUUAAUAUUAAAGGGCAAUGCUGGUUUGUGAAAUUUGGGUAGUUUGGGUUUUGUUUUUUAAAAUGGUAAUAUUGUUCUUGCUAAAGAAAUUGCUGAGAUUUGGGAGCAUUAGACUACUCUUCUUGCACUACACAGAAAGUUGAACCUCAAUAAAAAAUAAUGGAAGUCUGCCAAUUUGAUGACAAACCCUGUAUUUAAGAGAGUGAGAUCUGAAAGCAUAAACUGGGACACAAUUUAAACCUUAAACCACAGAGAUUGACGUAGAUGCUAAAAAAGGACAGAGCUGAACUGAAAGACCUUCCACAGUUUAGCACAGUUCAGACACUGAGCACAGGUUGGUUAAAGUAAACUCUCUACUGUAAAACUACUUAUUAAACUACCUAAUGAAUGAGCAAUUGUUUGUUUUAUCUUGAAAGGUUUUGGGCUGUUGGGGGAUCAGUUUAAAACCUGUGUGAUCACCACACUGCUCUGAACUACCUUUUGUUGCCACAUUCCCAUAUCUCAGCAAUUAAAACAACAGUUAGUUGUCACUUUCAGCUAUCCGUGACAGCCUUCAUUAGGAAAAUGAGUUCAACUUUUGAGUAUUUUGAGCUCUUGUAAAUAUUAAAACUAUUCGGCUAUACUUAUACAAAUUUCUGCCCAUCCAUAAUGGUUAAGUCAAAGAAAGUUUAGGUAUUUCCGGUCCUACUAAAAAUGAGUAAACUCAAUCUGCUCAUUAAGACUGUACUAUAUCCUAUAUGCACACUAUAUAACUCAAGAUCACAAUAAACCAGAAUUAUCCUUUAAAGGAAAUCAUUAUCAAUUAUGCCAUGCAGUAAUACAUGAUGGGAACUCCUCAAAAUAUACUGAUUUUUGGCCAGCGUUCUCUUCUAACAAGGUGUUCCCAAUAACACAGAAACAGCCUUCGUGUGUUCCUCUGUCUCUACUCACUCUGUCCCCUGAUCUGUGAUGUCCACAGCACACUGAUAUCUAGUCGCUGGUGAUGUCCACUCAAAACAGGAAUUUCCUUUGAGUGAUCCAUGACUACUUCUAUGAUGGUGUCACUACAAGUAACUGCCAUUGUGUGGAAAAAGGAAGACAAUGCUCCUGCAAUAGAGGAGACUAUAUAGUUUCAGGCCCACAGUGACCACUACCAUGAUCAAAGUUUGUUUGACUCUUCCACCUACUGAAUUGGAUGACCUCAAAAGAGCAACCAAUCACUUUGCAUUUUCAUACAGUACUUUCUGUCUUGCAGUUCUUGGAUGUUAUGCAGCUUUGCACAAUUACCUCAUUGUCAGGUAGAAGUAAAGAUAGAAUCAGAUGCUUUGGCUGGAUCUCGCCCACAUAUGUGAAGGGAUGCAGAGACAAAACAACAUGGUGAAAUAGACUGGAAUACAACAUGAACGGUACUCUGUGCACGUUUUUUUGAAGUUUCUCACGUGACUCCAAAAGUUGUCCACCACUUUGGAUGUGAUACAACCUUAGCUGGGUUCCUGGGAGUUACUGGGUGAAAUCAGUUGCAAAGAAGUUGCUGCAGCAGAAACUUCCUAGUGAUUGUUUUUGGUGGCGAGGGCUGCCUGUAGUUUUCAUUGGUUUUCUGCAAACAGUCGCUAACACAGUACCACAGUAGUGGUAAAACUAAAAGAAAAAGUGCGUCACAAACCAUUUUUCCUUCACAGCCGGUGCGACUUACGCCCGUGUGACUGGGCCCUUACUCACUCGAUUCUACAUUGUCAUCAAAAGUGUGGCAUGUCUAAAAUGCUGGACAGGUUAACCUCAUGUGGUUAUUGGUCACGUAUCUGCAAAACCCUAAUACAAAUGGGCAACAGGAAUGGUUGACAGCCCCCUGGUGGCCAUUAGAUAAAGUGCAGGUUUAAGUCACUUCUAUGUUGGUUAAAUUGUGUCCUGAAAUGUGAACUUUAGAUUUUGAUUACACAACUAUAAACUUGAGUUAAACUGCAAAAUGUUUGCUUUAAUAUUAGAUUUAAUAAAGCUGAUAGAUUAAGAAGCUUGGAAAGAAAGGGACUGAACUUCUUUAAAGACACUUCACAUCUCAUCCAAGAGACUUCUUCAGCUCUCAAAUUAAAUGUGGAGACUCUAAAUACCUAGAUAGACACUGAUUGUAUCAACAUUCCUUUGUCAUAUUUGGAUGAAAUACAAACAAAAAAAGUGUUACUGUCAGUGCUCACAGCGCGUUCUAGAAACCUUGUCCUUGGUAAUCGUUUGGUAGGUAGUUCUUAGGUAAAAGAAAUAUUUCCCCUUAGAUGCAGUCCUGAAACUGCAGCCUCCUCUACUGCAGGAACAUGCUACUCAGAAAAAUGUUUCUUUUCCCUGUUGAGAAUCUCUAACCUUGUGGUUUGGGGUGGUAAGGAAGUAGAAAUAAUGUUUCCUUUCCCUCUGGAUCCAUCUUGCACAGUAGGAACCUAAAUAUUCAGACUUCAUGAUAAUUCCCCCCUUACUGUCUCCCCUACAGUUGGACCAUCUGCGGUGCAGCGACUGGAUAGCUCCACGGUGAGAACCUACUCCUGCUGAGAGGAGGAAGAGAGGGACCUUAAACUGUACACUGUAUGUAACACAACACAGAAUCUCGCCCUGUUUAAUGCACAGCUUUCCUCAGAAGCACUUAAAACAGAUACUGGAUGAAAGAGACGAGGGCCAUAUUUCCCCUCCAAGAUAAGCAUAUUUGUCUGGUCGGCUUGGCGAGGCUCUGCGGUGUUUUGGCCAGGUAGCUGUGAUAAGGUGAUAGGAGACAGCAGGGCAUGCAGGGAGCUGUGGUCCCAUCCUGAUGUCUCCCCUUUAAUGUCUGUCCAAAAAAGAUGAGUCAGUUAUGGUCAAAGCUUUAAAAAUCAGCUUUUCAGAUAAACAAGGAGCGUCUAACACAGAAAUUAGUUAACAAAGUUCAUUUACAUGAUUAUGACUGUUCACGGCUGCCGUAGAAGGCCUUAUGAAACUUAUCCAGACUUCACAGAUUACUAAGUGAGCUUGCCCUACUCUCCUAUCCAACUGCUUUCUUUGUCCUGCCAGGUGCAAUGAAAAACUGUAAUUUCUCUGAAGUAUUUUCUUUGAUUUGGGAUGCCAUCUCACUGUGCCGUCUUUCUGCAUCUGCACCACAGAGACGUUCCCUCACAAUUUAACUAGCAACCAGAUGCUAAAAGCUGAAAAACAAUUUUUAAGAUUCCAGUUUCCCAAACAAUGAGACAUUAAACAUAAUUAUGUUUUGCUUAAAAAAAAAAAA